GGGUCCCAGGUGUCCAGCGGAGGGACCCAGGCAUCCGGGGAAUGAGCCAUAGGGCUCGGGGGGGGGCCCCGGGGGGGGACAACGUCCCCUCAGGGCUGCUGCAGCAGCAGGAAAACCUGCGGCUCUUCGAGCUCCUGGGCCGGAAAUGUGUGACCCUGGCGACGGCGGUGGCGCAACUGGUGGUGGCGGAGCUGGGGGGGCCCGGGGGGGCCUGGGCCAAGCGGGGCUGCGGAGUCGCCUGCCUGGUGCGGGACAGCCCCCGGCGCUCCUACUUCAUCCGCCUCUACUGCCUGGCCGCCGGGAGCCUGUGGUGGGAGCAGGAGCUGCACGGGGAGAUGGGCUACACGGCCCCCACCCCCUUCUUCCACACCUUCGCCUCCCACGAGGGCCAGGCGGGGCUGAACUUCGCGGACGAGGGGGAGGCGGCCGCCUUCGAGGGGCUGGUCCAGGAGCGGCUGCGCCGACGCCAGCAGCGGGGCGGGAAAAGCGGCAGCUCCCGCCCCCGCCACCCCCUGGUGAUGAGCGCUGCGGGAGUUUGCCCCGGACCCCGGCGGCCCGCCGCCGAUGGCAGCGCCCCCCCGCUGCCGGCCGUGCCCAUCGCCAACCCUGACAUCACGGCAUCCCGUUACCGGGGGCUGCCCAGCCCCACGGCGGGACCCACGGCGGGACCCACGGCUGGCGAGCAGAAGAAGGGACGCAAGAAGAUCUCCAAGGCCGACAUCGGGGCCCCCUCUGGGUUCAAGCACGUCGGUCAUAUCGGCUGGGACCCCAACAACGGUUUCGAUGUGGCGGCGCUGGACCCCGCUCUGCGGGCGCUUUUUGCCCGGGCCGGCAUCAGCGAGGCGCAGCUGGCCGACGCCGAGACCUCCCGCCUCAUCCAUGACUUCAUCCAGGGCCGGGGGGGGCUGCAGGCCGUGCGGGAGGAGAUGCGCCGACAGGGUCCCCCUCCCCCGCCGGGCCGGGGGGGGCCCCCGCCGCCUCCGCCCCCCCCCGGCCCCCCCCCGCAGCCGCUCGGGGGCCGCUGCCCCCCGCCCCCGCCGCCAGGGGGCCCCCCGCCUCCUCCCCGGGGCGGGCCCCCCGCGGCCCCGCCCUCCCGCUCCGCCGCCCCGCCCCCGGCCCGCGGCCCCGCCCCCCUUGGGGGCGGCCGCGGCCCCGCCCCCUCCUCCAGACCCCCGAGGGCGGCGGCGGCGGCCCCAACGCGGGGGGGGCUGGUGGGGGCCCUGAUGGACGUCAUGCAGAAGCGCAGCAGAGUCAUCCACUCCUCGGACGAGGGGGACGAUGGCGAAGAGGAGGACGAGGACGACGAGUGGGACGACUGAGCCCCCCCCCAAAA